AUGCCCGAUUUGAAGAUCUACGAUGAAGACAUUCCCAAGUAUGAUGUUGAACGUGCGGAGGCUAACCUAGCUGCAAAGUCUAGCACUGACAAAGUCGCCAUUUUUCAUAGAUUCCUUUCCGAAAGGUCUGUUUUCAACAAAAUGCUCGAUCUUUUGGUAGAUCUUACACCACAGCAUCUUAAAUCUAAAGAAACUGUUAGUGAUCCCCAUGCAUUACAGAAUGUGUUGGAGCUGCAAGACAACGAAUACCGAAAAAAUAUGUUUCCAACGCCUCGAUAUCAUUUCCACGAAAUCCCAGCAUUCCCUAGACCUUUGACGAGAAAAUCUUUUCAAGAGUACAUCUACUUCCUCACGCACGUCAAGAUCCCCUAUAGAAAUUCAUCCUCUCUUCUUAGUGGAAUUAUCCCAGAGAUUCUCCUAUAUACUCAUCUGCUUACAAAUGAAGAGUUCAAAGAGCUCAGAUCAGUUGAAACAUACAAUUACAUCAUAAAGUAUUUUGGUUAUGACAAGUUUCAGGCUUCCUUCGCGAGGGAGCUUAUGUUGGUGAUGGCUGCAGACGAAAAGCAACCCAAUCUAGAAACAAUUAAUCAGCUCAUAAAAAUUUGUCGUUUGCAUUCGACCCGAAGAUCUCUUGUCAGUUCAUACAGCAUCAUUCUCAAGUACCUUCACCUCAUCAGGCGUAUGGGAUUGAGUGUUAACCUCACAACCUGGGCACGAAUCUAUGAGUGCAUUACAAACAUAUUUUUGAGGGAGGCGUACGUGAACAAAAUGUCUUCGAUCAAUUUGCCCAUCCUGAGUCACAUGUGUGUCAGAAUUCUCGAGGAUUACUCUUCGACAACUCAAGUGACGCAGGAGGUGAUCGCCUUUCUAUGCAAUGAUCUCAAACGUCCCGGCUGGAAACAGCUCCCAAGACUUGCAGAGAAAGUUCUCUCACAUGUAGUGGCGAAUGCAAGACAAGUUGACGAUCUUAAGCCUGCUUUUGACUUGCUCGACGAAAUCGUUAUUGAUGAAGCCACUGUGAAUACAUUUACGAGGACAAUAUCCGAAAACACUCAUUUGAAGCAUCGCACACUCAUUCUUUUGUUUGCUUAUCAUCGCCUCGAGAAAUUCAUUAACGUCGAGUCUACAGACACCUUAGUCAGCAUGAUAAAGGUCAUUGCAAACGAAAACAUUGAUAUCGCUCGAGCCAACUUUAUUAUUCGAGGUCUUCUUCAUAAUGAGGCAUUAAAAAAAUUGAACUUGCCGGCUGAGUUCAUCUCUCACAGGCAAAUAAAACAGCCCUAUUUCAAGCACAAUAAGGUGACUUAUAAGUUUCCAAACACUUGCAUAUCAGAACAUUAUAGAAUCAUGAAGAGGCUAAUUGGCGACUCAAUCACUGACUUCGAGGCCCGUGUUAUUUAUCAUUACCGUGAAGAAGACGGAUACCAAAUGCCAUGGGUGCCUCUCACAGAGGCAGAAUCUGAUGAAUGGAAGGUUUUCAAAGAGCUGGUUUCAAACAUCGACCCAUUUCAUAAAAAUAUGGAGGAACUUUCGAGUGAGUUAGGAAUCGAAAUGGCUGCGAAAAAUACCCCUUCGCAUUUUAUCAGUGCCUAUAGAAUUCACAACGCAGUGAACAGCAGCAUCAGUCGCGACAUCGAUUUGGUGCACCGUCUUAGAGCUGGAUUAGACGAACACUUGAAAAAAGAGCUUGAAGAAAGAGGCAUAUACUCCAGCAAGUAG